UUGUUGCCUAUAUGGGCACGUGCUUCAUAGCUACACAGAAUCUAAAAACCUUGCCAUGUUGUUAUUAUUAUGUGACUCUAGAAACAGAAAAAAGAAACCAAAAAAAGCAACAUAGUUUGAGACUUGUGAGAGUGGGAUAGAAGCAGAAAGUAAGGUAUGGGGAAUAAGAAGAUAGCGCCAUUUGUGGGAAUGGUAAUGGCUAUGGUGUUGCAAAGUGGUAGCAUGGUUGUUAUCAAAGCAGCCAUGAAUGAUGACUUCAACAAAUAUGUCUUGAUUGUCUAUUCUUUGGCACUCUCAACACUACUUCUUCUCCCCUUUCUCUUCCUUCUACCCAGGUCAGAGCGUCCUCCUCUGAGUUUCUCUACACUUUGCAGCCUAUUUUUGCUUUCUUUGUGUGGAAGUUCAGGACAAAUAUUUGCAUAUGUGGGCAUAGAUCUCAGCUCACCAACUCUUGCCUCUGCCAUGCUGAACCUCAUUCCAGCUUUAACUUUUGUACUUGCACUUUUAUUCAGGAUGGAAAAAGUUGAAUGGGGACAUUUCAGCACCCAAGCUAAAGUCUUGGGAACAGUGGUAUCAACUGGUGGAGCAUUUGUUGUGAUAUUAUAUAAGGGCCCACCAAUCUUCAAGGCACCCAUCUCCUCGGUCUCUUCAAUCCCGUUAUCAUUUUCACCUCAUUUUAACUGGAUCUUGGGAGGCUUUUUCUGUGUUGCUGAUUCUUUGGUAGCUUCAGUCUGGUAUAUAUAUCAGGCAUCAGUAAUAAGGAAUUACCCUGCAGUAAUGGUGACAGUGUUCUUCCAACUCUUAUUUUCAACCAUUCAGUGCUCAAUAUUUGCAUUAAUUGCAGUAAGAGAUCAAAGUGCAUGGCAGCUGAACCUAGACACCGGGUUGAUUGCAAUCUUUUACCAGGCAAUAGCUGCAACAACAUUACGGUACCUGUUAUGCACUUGGAGCGUCCAAAAAGCUGGACCAUUUUUUUGUUCUAUGUUCAAACCUAUUUCAAUCAUCUUCACUGUUAUCAUGGGUGCUCUGUUCCUUGGAGAUGACUUUUACCUUGGAAGCUUGAUUGGUCCAGUUAUAAUCGUGGUAGGUUUUUAUGGUGUAAUGUGGUGGGGAAAGGCCACAGAAGAGAAAUGCAUGAUAAUUGAUGAAGAGAGGUUGCAAUCAACGUGCCAAAAUGCUCCUCUCUUUCAUGACAAACACCUUACAAUAUAAUCAUUAAUAAUUAAUAAUUAAUAGGGUGACAUCAUAUCAUUCAUUUAUGGAUAUGGA